GACGUCAGUAGCCCCUUCCCUGGCCGUGUCUUGGACUGGUGUGAUAGGAGGGAAACCCCGUGGAACACAUUCAGACGGGCCGGCCGAGAGAAUCAGCUGUAGACUAUACCGCCGACAUCACUGCUAUCUGCCAGCACUCAGUGAGCAGUCAUGACUGAGCCACCCCAGAAGGAACUGGUGCAGAAGGCCAAGCUGGCCGAGCAGGCUGAGCGCUAUGACGACAUGGCUGCUGCAAUGAUGUCUGUGACGAAAGACAGCGAAGAGCUGACGAACGAGGAGCGUAACCUGCUCUCUGUGGCCUACAAGAAUGUAGUGGGUGCUCGGCGCUCCUCAUGGCGUGUGGUGUCCAGCAUUGAGCAGAAGGCUGCUGAGGGGAGCGAAAAAAAGAAGGAAAUGGCCAAAGAAUACCGGGAAAAGAUUGAAGGCGAGCUUGAAAAAAUCUGCAGGGAAGUGCUGGGUCUCUUGGAUGAUUAUCUCAUUCCCAAAGCCCCUGCUGCAGAGAGCAAGGUCUUCUAUUUGAAAAUGAAAGGAGAUUACUACCGCUACUUGGCUGAGGUGGCUACUGGAGACAAGAAGAAGGAAAUCAUUACGGACUCAAAGGAAGCCUACCAAAGCGCCUUUGAGAUCAGCAAACAAGAGAUGCAGCCCACACACCCAAUCCGUCUUGGUCUUGCCCUGAAUUUCUCUGUUUUCUUCUAUGAGAUCCUCAACUCACCUGAAGAGGCCUGCCAGCUGGCUAAGAACGCUUUUGAUGAUGCCAUAGCGGAGCUUGACACACUGAGUGAAGAUUCGUACAAAGACAGUACACUCAUCAUGCAGCUACUGAGAGACAACUUGACACUGUGGACCUCUGAUAACCAGGUGGAAGGAGAGGAUACAGAGGAGCCCAAAGAUUGAGCCAGACCCCAAGAGUCAUCCCCGUCUUACCUGCCAUCGUCCCAACUCAUCUUCAUCAUGAUCACCUCAUUAUCAUCAUUGUCGUCCAUCUCUCUCCAUCCUUUUUUCUAUUUAGUUCUCAAUGCUCAUCUCACUCCUAUUGGUUUACUAUUCCUCCUUUUGUAGUAACUGUGGGGAAAGGGGAUAGGGAGGGAGGGUAAUUUAAUUGUGUGGUGGGAGGGUCUAUGUGGAAGGGUUAAGUGUGUUUGGGGUUUGUUGCUUGUCUGCUGACCUUUUUUGUGUGGGAGCAACAGGGGUGCUGCAUUAAGGUGGCGGGUCUCAACUCAUGAAAAAUGCUAGCGGAUUGAGUUUCUGGAGUCAAAACAGUUAUACUGUAUAUGUAUCUUGAUCAUAUUAACGGUCCUGUUCUUGAUUAGCACCAUCUUUUAAUGAUACAUCUGUGGUUUCACAAAGUCAGGAGUUGGCUCUGCACACCAGAGGGGACAGCAUCUGUUAGUCUGAACUAGGGAAGAGAUAUGACAGUGGAGGUGUAAGGGGGGAAGUGCUGGAGACAGAAGGCAAGGUUUUGUUGGAACACAAAGGUUACAUUCCAUUUACUGUUAGUUGCUCAACUUUCUAUUCCUUAAAAUUUCGUUUUUGUUUAUGGGUUACCUGCUUUUGUAUUUCUAUGUUUCAAUUACGAGGUAUAUAAAACUUUGAAGAACAAAAGAGCACACAAGCUUGUUAUUUUUGAUGUUUUUCUGAGCACAGCAGUGAAAGAAACAAAAUCCCAUGUGCUUAUCUAGUUACUGCUUUUUCAAAUGAAGAUUUUUAUUUGUUUGGUCUUUUAUUUUCCUUUUUUUCUUUCAAUACUUGCCUAAACUGCAUGUUGAUAAGAAGUAGUUUGUGGAGAUGUCAGGAGAUUGUUGUGGGGCGGGCUAGCUUUGUUCAUGUCUUUGGAAUUUUCAUACAGAACACCCAAGCAUAACUGUUAUUUUGGGGGAAACGUGUAAUUUCAUGUAAGUGGAAUAAAAAAAUAAUAAUUUAAAAGUU